UCUCAUUACUGGUUUUGUUCAUUGGCUCUUUGUGCAUGUUGGAUUUGACAGGCAGCUGCGAUUUUCUGUUGCUGAGAUAUAAAUAUAGGAUAAAGUAGGAACCCAUGAAAGAAAAAAGCGAGAAAGUAGACUAAGGAAAGUAGGAGAAGAAAUUAGAAGAGCUAGAAGAAGAAGAGUUGUUUAUGUUGUCUGGUUGAUGAAUGGCGUUUUUUGAUGUCUGGUUCUGUUCAUGGGCUGUUUCUGCUUGUGAUUUUCAAUGGACAAGGAAAUUAUGCUUUUCCCUUGAUCAUGAUUCUUCAUGUCAGGUUUGGAGCGUGGGGCUUUCUUCCAUGUAAGAUUAGGGAGAUUUUUCAACUGAUCUGAGUGAAUGGGUUUCUGGUUUCUGGUCUUUGCAUCAAAGUCGUUGUUCUUAUUAGAGUGUUAAAGUCCCUUGAUAUACAUUGAUACACCAUCUUCUAACAGCUCGAGCUUUUAGAGCAAGUGAUUGUUUGACAGUACUGGAGGUUGAGAGAGAGAGAGAGAGAGAGAGAGCUAUUGAUGUUUGCUUGUGAGUGAUGACCACUCAAAGAAAAUCUCGUCGACCUCAUUUAGGAAUUACGAAAUUUUGAUUUGUAUCAUCUUGGAUUUUUCAAGUGGCAGCAUUUGAAAAUUUUGAAACAGAGGAAAGGGAAGAAGAAGAAUCCAUGUUGAGAAGGCAAGGCCUGAUGGCUGCUGAUCAUGACCCACUCUCACGUCCCACGCAUAAAUACAGCAGACCCACUUCCUCAUUCUUCAGCUCUCCAAGGCUCUUCACUGCCUUCUCUCCAAAGGCUUCUGCUUUCUCAGAGCCUGAGACUGUGAUGAGCCCAACUUCAAUCCUUGACAGCAAGACAUUCUCCACCAUUGCAAAUCCUUUCUGGUCUGAUUAUAACAAAAAUGCCAAAUUUGCUGAAGAAAUUUGCGGCGAAAACUGGCACCCUUGGGAGAAAACUGAUUCGCGACGUAUCGGACUUGGCAUCAUCGACUCUCUCAACGAUGAGGACAAGAAUGGAAAGACAUUCACCAAACAGGGUAGUCGAAUGGUCUUGUUCGGAUCGCAGCUGAAGAUCCAAAUCCCCCCUCUCCCGCCUUCUGCAGUUUCUCCUGCCGCAUCACCCAGAUCCUCUUGCACUUAUGGAAUUGGAACCAGCAAUUCCCAAACUGGCAUGGCCACUUUGAAAACUCCGCCUGGUCUUGAAACACUGAGCUCUCCUCGAGUGUCCACAGGUUGUCUUUCUGCCAGUGAGAUGGAGCUAUCGGAGGACUACACAUGUGUGAUAGCACAUGGGCCGAACCCGAGGACGAUCCACAUCUUUGACAAUUGCAUAGUGGAGAGCUGUGGUGCGAUCUUUUCUGCCUCCGGGGAGGAAAAGAGUAGUUGCAUAGAUGAUCGAAAGGCGAACUACUCAGACACUUUUCUAAGCUUCUGUUACGCGUGCAAGAGGGAUCUCAGGCAGGGGAAGGACAUCUACAUGUACAGUGGCGAGAAAGCAUUCUGCAGCCGCAAAUGCUGCAACCAAGAGUUUCUAUUUGUUGAGGGAAUGGAGAAGUGCACAACGGAUUCAUCCAUUUCAUCACACUCCGAUGAAAUUGUUGAUUCUAUCAAUAGCAUUGGUUUUUGAUCCGUCAAGUAAUCUUUAUGCAUCAGCGGUCAGAGGAGUUGCGGCUGAUGAUGUCAAUUAGAAGAAUAAUUAGUCAAGAUAUGUAUUGAAGGUUAUAUAAAUAUACAUUUGGUUGUUAUUCCAUAUCUUUCCUUCUCUUCUUUAAUUUUUCAUUAGGGAGGGAGAGGGACAGCAAGUUUUUAUUUUUAUUUUUUUGUUGAAAAGGAUAGGUGUGAUGAUGUAUAAUGAACUUUGAUUAUAUCUUCUAUCUAUUAAUAUUCCAGUCACAUCUUCUUAUGGUGGGCCAA